GUCUCCGCCCGCCCCGCUCCAGACUUGCCCGCUCCCCGCCGCUCUCAGACCCGCACCGCACGGCCAUGGCGUGCAAGGAGCAGAGCGUGAGCAUCGACCUGCAGCCCCGGGGCCUGCCUCCCCCCUACCCCGGCGCCCAGCAGGGCUUCCCGGCCGAGCAGCCGCGCGACUUCGUGCUCUGGUCCCUCUUCAACGUCCUGCUGUGCCAGAAGCUCGCCUGCCUGGGCUGCCUGGGCUUCCCCGCGCUCAUCUUCUCUAUCAAGGCCCGAGAUCGGAAAGUGCUGGGGGACCUGGAAGGUGCUCGGAGCUAUGGCACCACCGCCAAGGUGUUAAACAUCAUUGGGUCACUGCUGGUGGUAGUUGCUAUUGCUGUGGUCCUUUUCGUUUACUUUUCAACAGCAUCCGUUUAAUGAAGUUCCUGGAACUGACACCAGCCAGACAUUCAGAGAGGGGAUUGGAAGAUAACUCAAAUGGCGAGGAAACGACCCACUGCUGGCUCUUCAUGCUGUGAUGGAAAUUCACAAGAGGUCAUGAGUUCAAAAAUUGACUCAUGAAUAGCACCAUUGUAGCUUUGAUGCUAGUUUUGUGGUCACCCUCAUUUCAAAUCUGCGCAGGCCCUCACUUCUCUGCUUCAUGCACUGUGGCCAUGGAAUCAGCCACUACUUAACUUGUUCCUCUUCCAGCCUGAUCCAGCUGUUUACCUUUUUUGGAUUUCUUGCACUGAAAAUCAUCCACAUUCACUGCUGUUGUGACCCUCCCUCUCUGCAGCGCCUGACACGGAGAGUAAUAGAUGAUGAGGUCAGAGGAGGCUCCAGUCUACCUCACUUUGUUCCUAGAGAUGGACCAGAACCACCCACUCUUUGGGGUAGUUUGGAUCCAGGCUUUGCCAUUGGCCCCCAUUUCUACAAUGGGCCAAAUCAAAACAUGGGUUCCAAAUCCCCCUCCCACCCCCCCGCUCCCCAUGCUUUGGGACAUUUAGAUUUGGAUUCAAACUUUGUGCCUUGGCCCAGUUUUAUCUGUCUGUAUCAACCCAGCAAUAAUGUACGCCCGGGGCAAUAUUUACAGCAGUAAAGCCAUCUGCAGAGACUCCGGCCUGCUCUUUUCAUUGCAGCGACCAGCCCUGCAGGGAAGAGAGACGUGUAAAGGGGACAAAAUGUUUAACUUGAUCUGCGUGAUGGAGUAAUGCACUGUGGGACCACUUGGCCCCGCCCCACCUCUUGAGAGAUGUCAGAAUGGGGGGUGCUUAAAUGGGAGAAACCCAGCUGAGCUGGUUGCAGAGUGGGGAGGGGAGCAGUCUCCAGCUCCUGCAAGGCGGGUGGGGUGGGGGUGAAGGCAGGAGCUUUUUGUGCAACUGCUGCCCAGCAGCUCCUCCUGGAAGGGAGGAUGGGCUGACCCUGCUCGAUGUGGAUUCACCAUGAGAGGGAACUAUUUCUCUCGGUUUUCUUGUGAACUCAUCAGUUUAGGGCCCCAGCCUGGUGAGCACCUUCUGAAGAACAAGAGCCUUAACCUAGCUUGGGGAUGCUUCAUUUGCGUUAAUUCCCCUUUUGUUCUGGUCACUGAUGCCCACAGGCAGGUGCUCUAGCCAGGGCCCAGCUGGACGGCUGAGCCUUUUAGGACUGGAACUGGAGUGGGAAAACUACCUGGGCAUCGCAGACCAGGGGCCUGGGUGAGUGCAGAGGUCCUGCCUAGAGCCUAGGGGGUGCCUGGGAAAGGCACUUGGGUGUUAAUCUGAAUAAAAAUAAAAGGCCUUAUGGUGGUUGGCAGCAGCACAUUCUGUCCCCACACACUCAGUUCCCUCCACACCCAGGCCUCCUGCAGCCAGUUCCAGGGCCCCAGUACAAAAGCAGCAGUUGUGCUGAAAGCGUAGGGAGUUUCCCUUCUCCCUCUCCCCUUGGGUCAGGCUGGGAAGAAUUGGGCUGAGUCCUAAAUGAGUGAAUGCACCAGACUCUGACACACCCCUUGCAAGCAGAAGCAUUGGGCACUCCGGUGCCUUUAUUCCAGUAGUUCUCAAAUGUUUUUACAGCUGACCCCUUUCACAUAGCAAGCCUCUGAGUGAGACUUCCCCCUUAUAAAUUAAAAACAUUUUUUAAUAUAUUUAAUACCCUUAUAAAUGCUGGAGGCAAAACGGUUUGGGGUGGAGGCUGACAGCUUGCGACCCCCUCAUGUAAUAAUCUCGCGACCCCCUGAGGGGUCCCAACCCCCAGUUUGAGAACCCUUGCUUUAUUUAGUAUGUGCUUCCUUCACCCCCUGGCUCCAUUCCUCCUUUUCACCCCUGGGCCCAUUCCUACAAUCAGUGCAUCUAUAGGGCUGAAUUGUGCUUCCAACAGAAGAAUUUGGGAAAAAAAAUUCUCAAGUGGACUUUGACUUUGCUCCCUAACCUGCCCCCUCUCAUAGAAGGGCAGGAUCUGGGUCCGAGGUACGAGCCAGUGCUCCAAUGGAGUGGAGGGGCGGGAGGAAUGUGAAUGUGAGGUCCUAUCCACCAAAAUCUACAUUACUCAGGAGACCAUCAAUUUGGUGUCCGCCACCUGUGUGCCUGCCAGAGAACUGGGGAGGUCUUUCUGCAGAGAAAGUGAUCUACAAGAAAUGGCAGAAGAGCCACAGAUGAGAAAGGAUAUUGUAAUCUCAUCUAGUUUGGGGUCUCAGUUCUGGAGACUUCAGAGUGAAGCAUGUUAGUAGAUACUAAAACUGCUACAAUUCUUUUAUAUAUUUUUAUACAUAUUCUUUUAUAUCUGUUAACCAAAAUCGUUUUUGGGGUAUAAACCAAAGUGUUUUGUAUCUACAAAUCUAGUGCUCUGUACCUAUCAAACUGAAAAGUUCUUUGUACUUAGGUUGAACCUUAGUGGGGGCCAAAGGAAUGAAUGUUUGUAAUCAAUAAUGGAAUGUGUAUAAUCCUUUCCUCUGACCCUGUUGACCUGUGAAGAAUUGCAUUCCCAUGUCCAGAGAGGGACCACUGGUGAUUGACAAGGGAUGUUUGUUAUUACACAUGCAUUCUGUGAUUGAUAAAAUAAUGCACCACUGGUUGAUGUUUAGGUCAAUAAGAACCACUUAUUGUCACAAGCGGUUUAGGUAAUAAUGAAUCAGUCACAGAGGUCUUUAUCUUAUUAAUGAAGUAAAUUGAGGCAUCUAAGAUAGAACUCACAGUUAAAUCGGUCAUGGGAACGGAAUUUCUUUGUCCCAAGCUAUAUAUAAGGAAAAAGUUUUGGGGAGUUAAGUCAGAAGUGGAUUGAGCAGCUGUCACUCCUCCAGUGAUCAGAUUGGUAACAUAUGUAUUCCUUUCUGUAUUCUGUAUCAGGCUGUAUUAAUCUUUUACUAAUAAUCUUUGAUUGAAUUGCAAAUGAACCAGCUAUCUGACAUCUUGUGUUAUUAAUAUUUUCAUUAUUAAAUUUGAACAUGCAACAAGCAUAAACUCUCCA